UCACGCCACAAUACGGGUACUCGCUCAUUUUGUAGUUGAAAAUGGCCGCUUGAAGUAUUCCGUAAACAUGUGUUCUUUAAAGAUGUACCCGUUCGAGAUAGACAACCUCGCCUUUGCGAAAUCGACUGGAAUUGACACAGCAAUCGGUACAGAUUAUUUUGGAUAUAGAACAAGACCCACUUUAUCCACGUGCGAUUGCAAUUGGGUGGUAAAUCCAGUAGGCCACUACGUCGCCUCUUGUACAUCACGUCGUAGUAGAGCGAAGCAUCAGCUGAGUUGUUUUGGAUUCGGCCAGACUAUAUGCGGGACGGAACGCAUUAAGUAUGGCGAUUAUGAGCAGAAUAGCAUCAUACGAUUGUCCGUUAGACAAUAAGAAGCUUGAUAGCUUAGACAACAUGAAUAUUUCAGAUUCCACUCAGAUCACCAAACAGAUUAAUAGCUCGGCGAUAUUGAGCUCUCCUAAAAGUACACAUAGGAAAAGAAAACCGAAGGCGCGCAAGAAGAAGAGAAAUAAAGGGAAAUGUAUAACCAAAGUGUGUUGUAUAGCUAAUUCUUUGAAUUAUAAUUAUUGUAAAGAUAGUAAUAACAAAAUACCUGAUGCACAAAAAAAUUCGAUUCGAUCGCGGACAGUAUCGGAAAGCUCCACUGAUCUUGAAGAUUGGGUCGUUUUUGGAGAUGACGAAUUGCAUGAAUCAUGUAAUAAACAAAGAACAGCAACAUCUUCUCCUACCGAAAUACGUUAUACACCUAUCUUCAAUUCUUCGAUGAGGAAGAACGAUAAUUUUUGUAAGGAUUCCAAAAUUGCUUCCGUUCGUUUGCGAUCAUUAUCAGAAAGUUCCACCAAUUCUGAAGACAGUAAUUAUAUUUCUAUAACUUUAGACCAGCAGAAAGAAACGGUAUGCCCGAGAAUGCGUUACGAUUGUUUAACGAAGAUGAACGACGAACGCUCCAAGAAUUAUAACAGACAAAUGCAAAAGCAACACCGCCGAUUACCAUCAGACAGUUCUGAAUGUUCUGAUGACUUUAUUUGUUUCGAAAAUCUAGAUUCUAAUAGUUCUAAACAUAUUUAUACUUAUACCAGUUCCGUUGCUACUGAAGACAUCGGUAACGAGACAAACUUUCACGACGGAGACAGUCAGCUAGAUGACUCGAUCGUCUUUGCUGAUGAAGAUAAUGAAAAAUUAACAACGCAAACGAAAAAGGUGAGCUUCGACCCAACUCCAGUCGUACAUGUCAUGGUGACGUGGAAUUAUGCAUACCGUGCAGCUCGAAGAGGUCCCUGGGAAGAAAUAGCGCGCGACAAUGAAAGAUUCAAAGGACGUAUAAAGUCUAUCGCGAUUGUUCUUGAUCCAAUUCUAAAGAGUAAACAUCGCUCACAAGUUUGGCAAGAACGAUUCGCUUUUCCGGAAUAACUUUAGCUCGAUUUAUGAUUAAUUAAUUUUUUAAAUAUAGAAAAUAUGG